AUGGCUCGGUUAAUAAUUGUGGCAGUUAUUGUCGUUGUCGUGGCGGUGGCGGCCUACGUGGUUCUGGAACCCGUACCUGACGAUGUGGGGGACAGGCCUUGGGCCGUGAAAAUGUCGUCACUCCGGAGCAAUCUGAAACCCUAUCUGAAAUGGUGGACACCGACUGGUUUAAACCAGUGGCUUGAGGAAAAGUCUGCGGGGGUGUCACGGGCAACCGAGCCGCAAGUACCGUACAGACACGCGGUGUUCGACCGGGUACCAGUCCGGAUAUUCGACGAUGGGCCAGCAGGAGGGAGGACCGAUAAACGGCAGGCCAUCGUGUACUAUCACGGUGGAGGGUUUAUAAGUGGAAACUUGGAUACCCAUCAUCCCAUAACGGCCUUGCUGGCAAGAAGACUGAAUGCUGUUGUGGUGUCUAUCGAUUACCUUUUGUCGCCCAAAUACCCUUUCCCCGCUGCGAUAGACGACUGCACAGCUGCUACAGUCUGGUUUCUGAAGCAUCUGAGCGAGUACAAUGUCGAUCCAGCCAGAGUUGCCUUAAUGGGAGACAGUGCAGGCGGGAACCUGGCCGCGGCUGUGUCACAGAGGUUCACCUUUGACCCCAAGUAUCUUGUCCUCCCCAAGAUUAAGCUGCAGAUACUUCUCUAUCCGUGCCUUCAGGCGUUCGAUUUCCAGACGCCAUCUUACCAGCAAAAUGGCGACUACAAGACACUGUUGCUAGACAGGCCGCUCAUGACAUUCAUGUGGGAUUCGUAUCUCCGUGGCAACAAGGCAAGCUACUGUGAAGCGAUGCGGACCAACAGCCACACCUCUGCGGCCGCGAAGAGGUCCCAGCUGGUACAGAAGUGCCUCUCGCACGAUCUCAUCCCGGACGAGUUCAAGCAGAAGGGCUACGAAGCACCUUCAACUGACUUCGGGGAUGAAAGUAUCUACAACGAGAUCAAAGAGGUUCUCCUGAAUCCAGACUACGCUCCUCUCAUGCGCGAAGACCUGAGAGGACUACCAGAGGCUUACAUCCUGACCGCCCAGUAUGAUAUCUUGAGGGAUGACGGCAUCAUGUACGCCAAGCGACUGGAGGAGGCCGGAGUGCCAGUCACUUGGAAGCACUAUAAGACAGGUUUCCACGCCAUGUUCACCGGCAAGCAGGACCUUCCAGUCGUCACAACACCAACGGGCAUUCAGAGCGUUUCUGAUUUGCUUCACUUUGCACGAGCAAACCUAUAAACACACAAGCUCGCCCAGCAAUAAACAGCAUUAAAACAAUUGAAGAUAGACAACGUUAUUAAGAUGGUUGAUUUAACCAAAUCUUCACAGAGCCGCACAUAAUUCACAAUAACGAUUCUGGUCUAGGUGCAAUUUAACCCUCAUCAAGGGUCGGUUCAUUGUUGUGAUCGGGCCUUUGUUGUCUAAUACCGAAAGACUUGUAGGAAAAUUGCACAUUUUGCCCAAAUACCUUUCCAAAAUUGGUUUUGACGGAUCAGCUUAUCAACUACUGGUCAAAUUCUUGAUACAGUGGAACCCCGCUAUAUACCGAACACCGCUAUACCGAAUAUUCGGCUAUACCGAACAUCAUCCUUGGCUUCCGGUUUUAAUGUA